UGAGAGGAAGCCUCGACAUUUCAGUCGUAGAACUGAUGAGAGGAAGAGUGACUAUCUCACGUUGUUGAGAUAUUUCACUUUUAUUCUUGUUUCCUUCGAGAAACAAGAAUAUAGAAAUUAAGCCUUUGUGCAAACAAAAACCAGGGCUCUCUCCCUCAGGUGAUCUCGCCUACGCAACGUGAGGGCAUGACUAUCUACGACUCUGCCUCUAAUCCUGCUCCUGAUCUGCUAUUAGUUCAUGUUUCGAAAACGGAUCUCUACUACUAAUCUGCCUAUUUGACUACUAUUUGUCUCCUAUUGUUGCUCAAAAAUAAAAAUGACUACUACUUCGAUGUCGGACAUCUCCUCCUCUACUACUCCUAUUGUUGCUGGUGAGACCUUUGCGCCUAAGGUAGUCUUGGGGGCUACUAUUAAAUUGAAUGGUGCAAACUAUCUGCUCUGGGCACAAGCUUUCCGUAUCUUCAUUGGCGCUCAGAGCAAACUACCACAUCUUCUUGCAUCUCCACCACCAACCUCAGAUCCCACCUACAAUUCAUGGCUUUCAUCUGAUUAUUGUGUUAUGACUUGGCUUCUCAACAGUAUGGAAGCACAGAUCAGUAGCAGCGUUAUGUUUUUAACCACUGCGAAGGAGAUGUGGGACAACCUAAAGAUUAUGUACGGGAACGAGAAGAAUGUUUCUCGCGUAUUUAAAAUUUAUGAACGAUUGUUUGCGUUCAAACAGGGAGAUAAGUCAGUUCCGGAAUUCUUUGGUGAAUUAAAGGGACUGAUAGACGAACUAGAGAUGCAUCAGCCUGCAGUAGCUGAUGCAGCGACGCUAUUAGGGUAUCGACGUGAUCUGGCAGUAUCCAAAUUUCUUUCUGGAUUGAACUCUAAUUUACAGUCCCAGGUAAGAGGACAGAUAUUGGGUGGAGAUACAAUUCCCUCACUGACUGCUAUAUUCUUCAGAGUCAUGCAGGUCUCUACUGGUGUUACUUCUGAUACUACUACACCAUCUCCACCUACGAUGGAUCAGUCUGUCAUGUUCUCUAAUCGAGGCAAAGGCCGCGGUCGUGGUCGUGGUCGUGAUUCAGGGGGAGGACGUGGUUCCUUUGGUGGGAGGCAAGGUGAAUCUGAUAAGGGCUCACGACAGUGUGGUCAUUAUGGGAGAAUCAAUCAUAUUUCUGAGAAAUGCUGGGAGAAGUUUGGUCGUCCUCAGUGGGCCCAGGUAGCUGAUACAGAGUCGACUAACUCAUCUAUUUCUGCUACUACUUCUGAUGGACCAGCUGUUACUGCUCCUACUGUUCAGAUUUCUCAGGCAGAUUAUGAGAGGUUGCGCCAGCUAGAACUCUCUCAGAAUAUUCAUUCUACUACUCAUGCAUCCUCUUCAGGUAUGGAUGCUUACAUAGCUUCUUCUCACAAACCCUGGGUACUAGAUUCUGGAGCCUCAUCUCAUAUGACAGGACCUAGCAACUGGGAUGAAGAUUGGUUCGGGGCAUGAAAAAGGAGGUAUGUACUAUUUGGACGACAGUGUGCCAGAAGCUGGCCUUGUUGCAUCACAGUCUGACUCCACUUUAUUGUGGCACUGGCAUCUGGGUCAUCAUUCACUACAAAAACUUAGAUCGGUAGUUCU